AUGGUGGGCUGUGUCCAGCACAGCCUCCUCGCUGUCGGCCCUGGAGGCUACUUCCCGACGGGCGUGGCGUACGCGCCGGUGCGGCAGCGCUUCGCGCCGGGGCGCCUCGCGGCCUCGUUCGCCUCCGAGGUACCCGAGGAGGAGGGGCGGCAAGAGCCGGCUUGGCCCGACAUCUUGCCCAAGUACCUGAAGAAGAAGUUGAAGAGAGACGACGAGCUGGAUGUGGAUGCCGCGCUCCGGAAGGUGGCAGCCACCCGCGCGGCGGGCCGUGCGAAGGUUGCUCACGACGAGCUCGAUGCACAGGUCCAGCAGGCAAAGGCCAGCGCCCGCGACAUCAGCCGGCAACAAGCCGACUCCAAGGAUGCCGAGAGGGAGAAGAUGCAGUCCCUGGCCGAAGCCAUGCAGGCAACCCAGGAAGCCAAGAAGAAGGAGAUUGGCUCCACGGAGCAGCUCAUUUCCGCCGACUCGCGCCGGGACUUCGCCCAGGGGGAGCAGCUGGAGGCUGAGGAGCAGGAGGCGCGGGUCCUCCAUGCCAUCCAGGAGGCGGAGACCGAGGCGCAAAGGCGCGUCAAGGGCCGCAACACCAUCGUGGGGAAGGAGGCCGAGAACAAGUUCGGAAUGGUCAUCCACACGAAGGAGGCCUGUGAUGCAGAGAAGGGCACAGAGUGGCACAAUGGAAAGUGCGUCGUGUCAGGCGAGAGCCGAAGUCCAGAUACGCCGGAGGAGGUGGCGGCCAUGAAGGCCGUGAACGAUGCCCAAAGCGCGUUCGACGCCUCGAAAAAUGUGGUGCACGACAAGAACCAUGUCCUCAAGGCUAAGCAGCAGAAGCUGAACCACGCGAAGGUUGAGCUGGAGUCCUACAGAAACCACCACCCCCCCGAGAGCAUCUUCGCCUUCUCCGAGAAGCCGGAGGAAGCCGCGCUGCGGCAGAAGUUUGACUCGGCAAAGGCGGAGUGGGAUGUGGCCACGACGCGCUGA